AUCAGUUGCUAUUGGAGUUGUCAGCUACUGUAUGUUAUCAUCAUCGUUAUUCUUGUCAUCUUGGCUGUAGUUGUGUGUUUGGUGGAGGAAGUCGCACAAAGGUGGUACAGCUCCUCUAGUGUAGUUCCAAGUUCUUUUGCUCUCCUUCCCUGAGUGAAAUGCAGUAAUGCUAGUGUAGGGAGCGGUUCUCGACUGAUAUCAGAUAGGUGGCACCAAACAGAAAAAGGAUGGACAUGCUGAAGGAGAAGCCAAACCUCCAUUUAGUGGGAAGACUUUCACCUAAGACAGGACAGUGGCGUUAGUGUGAGCACUCCUCCAGUGAUGUCAAAACAAAAUGGGAAGUAAGUACACAGAUGUG